AGCCCGGCUAAGAUGGCGCUGGCUGAGGGAAACGCCGUGGCGGCUUCGGCGCCGGCAGACGAGGAGUCCGAGCCGCCGCCUCCGCCGGCAGCACCGGGGGCGGCGGUAGCCGCUGCUGCCGCCACCUCCUCCACCGCGGCCCGGCCGGCCCGACUGCCCCUGGCGCGUGUCAAGGCGCUGGUCAAAGCCGACCCGGACGUCAGCCUGGCCAGCCAGGAGGCCAUCUUCAUUUUGGCGCGCGCGGCGGUGAGCGACUGACUGAGGGAGGCGGUGGGCGGGGUCUCGUGUUUGCCUCGGCCAAUCAGGAGGCCGACUGCGUUGGCGCGCGAGCGCGCGGCGGCGGUUGACUUAGGUCAAGGCGGUGGGCGGGGCGCCGCUUUUAAGCCUCCGCCAAUCAGGAGGCCGGCUUUCUUGUUUGGCGUGCGCUCCGGCGGUUGACGUGAGUUCCCCUCGAGCUAAGGAGGUGGGCGGUCCUGCACGGUUACGCCCUUGCCCAAUCAGAAGGCUGUUUUUCGGCUACGCGGGGACGGGUGGUUACGUAGGCCACCCCUGGCCAAUCAGAAGCUUACUUUUGCCCUGGGUCGGGUGAAAGGCGGGAGAGAGUGGCAAGGAGGGCGGGUGGUGGGCGGGGCUGCGCCACUUUUGGCUACGGCGAUUGGCUGCAAGUUCUAACCACGUGGCGAAGAGGGUGGGAUUCUGCAAACAUAUUUCUGAUGCUUGUUGUGUUAUUUACCUGGCCAGGUAAUUCAUUAUUACAUGGUCCAUAUGAAUUACAAUUGUGGGUGUUCCGAUUAUAAUUAUUGCUAUUCUUGAAUGUUUAUCAUAAUUGAGAAUAUUGGCGUGUCUAAUACAGUAAUCGUAAUUAUUUUUCUAAUACUCAUAAUUAAUAUUUUAAGUUUUAGCUCCCCAAAUUGUUUAUAAAUCAUCUUAUGUUUGUAUAUUUCCUUGGGAUACAUGUAAAAGGCAAAGCCUAACUUGGGAGACAGGCAGGAUUCCUAUUGUAAAUAAAUUCAUAUAUUAAUUUAAUUUAAUCAUUUUUAUUGUGCUAGCCAGAGGCCAUGGCAACAGCCAAAGAAGGAAAAAAACAAACAAACCAGCAGUUGCUGGAUGGGCUAGCGGUCAAUUGCAAAGGGGACUCUGAGAUCUAAUUUGCACACUUUAUUUGAGAAUUACUUUUUAUUCUGCGUAAUAAGAAAUUUUGGUGGAUUUGACCAUGGCUUUAUAUUAAUAAUAUAACGAAUACUCUGCAGUAAAUUACUGGUGGUACCACUUAAUUAUUGAUGAUUCUACAGUUUUGAGAGAACACUGGUUGUAAUAUUAAUAAAACAGGAUGUUUUAGUAUUACAGCAAAUACCAGUGUUGCUGAGUGAGAUUUUUAUUGGUUAAGUAAAGCUAUUGCCACCGCUGUGGCUUUUGGGUCUUCUAAUAAACCAACAUAGCUUUCCAUAUUAAUGCACAGUAUCAUAAUUCUGUUAUACAAAUCUAUAGCGUAAAUGUGCUUGGAAUACCAGGUACUUCUUUGGACACAGGUGGCGCUGUGGUCUAAACCACUAAGCCUCUUGGGCUUGCCGAUCAGAAGGUCAGUGGUUCGAAUCCCUGCAACGGGGUGAGCUCCCGUUGCUCUGUCCUGGCUCCUGCCAACUUAGCAGUUCGAAAGCAUGCCAGGGCGAGCAGAUAAAUACUGUAUUUUUUGCUCUAUAAGUCUCACUUUUUCCCUCCUAAAAAGUAAGGGGAAAUGUGUGUGCAUCUUAUGGAGCGAAUGCAGGCUGCACAGCUAUCCCAGAAGCCAGAACAGCAAGAGGGAUCGCUGCUUUCGCUGCGCAGCGAUCCCUCUUGUUGUUCUGGCUUCUGAGAUUCAGAAUAUUUUUUUUCUUGUUUUCCUCCUCCAAAAACUGGGUGCGUUUUAUGGUCUGGUGCGUCUUAUAGAGCGAAAAAUACGGUAGGUAAUUUUUUUGUAGGAAGCUAAACAGCGUUUGCAUGCACUCUGGCUUCCGUCACGGUGUCCCGUUGCACCAGAAGCGGUUCAGUCCUGCUGGCCACAUGACCCAGAAAGCUGUCUGCGAACAAACGCUGGCUCCCUCGGCCUGAAAGCGAGAUGAGCGCCGCAAUCCCAUAGUCACCUUUGACUGAACUUAACUGUCCAACUCAAUAAGGAUAUUGUGAACUUGGAAAAGGCUCAGAAAAGGCAACCAAAAUGAUUGUUGGGGUGAGACAACUCCCUGAUGAGGAAUGGUAUAACAUUUGGGGGCAUUUUAGAGAAAAAGCAGGGCAGCAGACAUAUAAGAAAGGUGUAUAAAAUUGUGUAGAGGAAGUGAACAGAGAGAAAAGUUUCUCUUCCUCUCUCCAUAAUAUCAAAAGUCCUGGGCAUCCAAGCUGAGUUUUUGAUGAUUCAGGACAGACAAAAGUAGAUACUUAUUUACAGUCCAUAAAAACUGUUUUCCCAACUUUGCUUUCAUCCCCGCAGGAGUUGUUUGUGGAAACCAUUGCAAAAGAUGCCUACAUCUACGCACAGCAAGGAAAACGGAAAACUCUCCAGAGGAAAGACCUGGGUAAGGAAGUAAAAUAACAAUAAUUUUAUCAUUUAUACCCCGCCCAUCUUGUCUUCCUAAUUCUUAAGAACCAAAAUGAUGCUGUGUGUAUGCGUUGACAAGGUUGUAAACCAGAGGAAUGCUUCAUGGGUUAUUAAAGAACUAAACAAAAUGGGGUUGCCAUAUUUUGAAAAGUGAGCUUUUUCUGUUUUGGAAAAGUUGUUGGGCUUUUUUUCUUUUUUUGCAACAUCUCCAAAAAAUUGAAGUUUUUAAGCUAUGUUUUAGGAAAUUCGCCAAAAACAAUCAACACUUCCGAUAUGGGCUGCCAUAUACCUGGACUUUCCUGGACAUUUUAACUGAUUUUCAAAAAUUUCGCCCAGAAACUAUCUUCGACGGGCGAAUCCUGGAUAUGCCCAGGAAAUUCCAGACGUAUGGCAGCCCUUAAACAAAAUUAAAAUAGCCGUACAUAAAAGAAGCAUUAGUGGAAAAUAAGGCAUAUCUGGGCUGUAUUGAGUGCUUGUCUUGCUCAGACUACACCCAUUGGAAGUUAGUGUAACAUGAGUAAGUUAGGUUCAUUAAUUUAAAUUGGUCUACUCUGAGUAGGGCCUGCAUUGGAUACAUACAAUCCUUAUCCCGGCCCCCUUGAGCUGCUGUGCAGUUCACAAGAACGGUCGCUGCCGAAGCAGGAGGAGAGGAUUGCAGUUUCAGUGAAUGGUUGGUUCAAAUAGGUGGAGGAGAGGAAUUCGCCCAGGACACACUUAAUUGUUUGCCGUGAUGCUAAAGCCCGGAUAGUUGUGGAAUUAUAGAAUCAUAGAAUUGUAGGGUUGGAAAGGGACCUCAAGGAUCAUCUGUUCCAACCCCCUGCAAUGCAGGAAUAUUCAGCUGUCCCAUGCUGGAAUCGAACCUGCAACCUCUUUGCAUCAUCAGCACCAAGCUCUAACCAACUGAGUGGAGAAAGAAAACAGCACAGGUUGUGGAUUAGGAAGGGAGAUGGUGGGGUGCUUGUAGUAGGCAAAACGGCUGCUCUGCCACUGAGCUAUAUUUUUUUAUAUUCUAUUUUUAUUAGUUUUCAAAUACAAAAACAAAUUUAUACAUUCCAUACAUCUUAAUUACAUCUUACUUCUCUUUUUUGACUUCCCUCAAUUUGUCUGCCAUUCCUUCCUAUUAUUACUUUUUACACAUGUCUGCCCUUUUAACCCUUUCCUCUCACAGAGCUUCCUUAAAGCUUACAAACGUAAUUUUAUUAUCACUCAGUUUUUGCAUAUAUUGGAUAAACUUUUCCCAAUCUUCUGUAAAUCUUUGAUCUCGUCGAUUCCGGAUCCUUCCUGUCAUUCUGUCCAGUUCUGCAUAAUCCAUCAUUUUAGUUCUCCAUUCUUCUAUCGUAGGUAAUUCCUCCUGUUUCCAUUUCUGGGCCAUCAAUAUUCUUGCUGCUGCCACUGCAUAUAAAAAUAACUUCUUUUCUUUCUUAUUUAUCUCAUUACCUGUAAUGCCUAGUAAAAAUGCUUCUGGUUUCUUAAGAAAUGUAUAUUUCAACAUUUUCUUCAAUUCAUUAUAAAUCAUUUCCCAAAAGCAUUUUACCUUCUUACAUUCCCACCAUCUUCCCCUGAGCUAAAGGUCUUCCUCCUAAAGGGGAGAAAGAGGUACAGGGAUUAGGCUGGAGGGCAACCCCUCCCCCCACAAGAAACCUCACAGGGACUAGGAACACAAGCUGUGUUAUUUGGGCAGAAAGAGUAGCCAUAUCAGGGAUCUGGGGAAGCCUUAAGGGCAUGGAGAAGAUCUGAAAUUAGCUUCCAUAACUUCUCUUGCGGCCAACAAAUAGGAGCCCUUUUACAGUUCAGAAUACAAAUUUCUGUGGUCUGAUCCAUCCUUGCAGAUAUCAGUCCUAAUUUCCCUUUUAUUACUAUUUCCUUUUCAAAUUGGUGCUGCCGCCGCAGACAACGCCAUAGAAGCAAUAGACGAGUUUGCGUUUCUGGAAGGUAAGGUUUCGUUUCAAGUUUUCUUUGUAGUGUCGCUGCCUUGUCAGAAUGGUGAGCUAGCCUUACCUUGUGUCACGGUCCGGUUCACGGGCGAUCGAAGUCCCGGCAGGGGACGUCAGGACCGGGGGCAAGAUGGCAGGGUGGGAGCAGGAACGGGGGUCCAGAAGCCAGGAGCCAAGAGUCUGAGGGUCAGAGAGCCGGGAGUUACGAAGCCAAGGGUCCAGGGGUCAGGAAGCAAGGAGUCACGAAGUCAGGGGUCCGAGGAGCAAGAAGUCAAGGAGCUAAACACAGCAAGGCAGGGAACAUGUUGCUGUGGCAAAGAGCCGAAGGGAAAUGCUGACCUUAUAGCCCUUCCCAGCUCUUGCCACCAGGUGCUGUGAGUUACCAAUCGGCCUCACCUGUGCGGCCGCACCUUGCCUCUUCAGAACAAACUGAGGAAGGCCCCGGUCCUGCAAAGUCCUAUUGGUCACAGGGCCUGGCACCUGCACGCACUCCUGACACCUUGGCUCCGAAUUCCAGGUGCGUGAAAGCCAGGCUCCAGUUCAGACGGAGAGUCACUUUGGUCACAUCUACGGCAUACAUUUAAAGCACAUGGCUUUCCCCCCCAAGAAUCCUGGGAACUGUUAAUUUGCCACUCGCAGAGCUAUAAUUCCCGGCGCCCUGAACUACAGUUCCUGCUAUUCUUUGGGGGAAGCCAUGAACCUCAGAGGUGUAUAGUCCAUGUGAAGCCCACAAUUUGUGUGUAGGUCAGAAUUAAAGUCAAGACCAGAGGGUAGCCAAUGUGAAUGCCAUCCAGAAAUGGUUGGAGUCCAUUCUUCCAUCAGUCCUAGAAGCUAUCAUAACCAGCAGCCAGGGAUUAUGGGAGUUGGAGUCCAGGAAAUAUCAUACCCUCUCACAUACCCUUUUCCCAGUGCCUUAAUGGAUGUGUGUGUGGGUUAGAUCCUUCAGUUGCUCCAACAGUGUGUUGUUUGGGGGCUUGUGGGCAUUUGAGAUGGUGUCUGAAAACCUUUUGACGGCAAUUUGAGAUGUAAAGGAGCAAUUUGUUUAGUUGGCUUUGGGUUUAAGAGCUAAGGUCUCCAAACAGCAAUACAUUAUCUGGAAGAUAGGCUAGGAAUGAUGGGAGUUGGAGUCCAACCCUUUGGGUCUUGAAGGUUCAUAAUAGUUGGAAAAAAUAAAUUAAACCUUUCACAUUCCACGGUGUGUGUGUGUGUUUUGAUGUUUUCUUAGUCUUCUUAAGUAUAUUUUAUGCUUUAGCACAUUGACUUGUAACAACCUGAAUGCUGAGAAGCAGAACAGAAGCCAAGGCACAAUUGAUAAAAAUGGAUAAAUUUAGAUCCCUUUCUAAAGGGAUGAAUGUGAACUGGAAUUAGUUCCUCUUUAAAAUGAACUUUCCAAGCUAUGUCCAGGCCAAAUGUAAAUCUGUUAAAAUGGUAGCCGCUGCCUUGAUUCGAAAACCACCUACAGUGGUGCCUCGCAAGACAAAAUUAAUCCGUUCCGCGAGUGUCUACGUCUAGCGGUUUUUUCGUCUUGCGAAGCAACCCUAUUAGCGGCUUAGCGGAUUAGCGCUAUUAGCGGUUUAGCGGCUAUUAAAGGCUUAUCGGCUUAGCGGAUUAGCUGCUAAAAGGCUAUUAAAGGCUUAGCGGCUUAGAAAAAGGGGGGGGAGCGAAAAAAAAUCUCAAGACUCGCAAGACAUUUUUGUCUUGCGAAGCAAGCCCAUAGGGAAAUUUGUCCUGCGAAGCAACUCAAAAACGGAAAACCCUUUUGUCUAGCGGGUUUUCCGUCUUGCGAGGCAUUCGUCUUGCGGGGCACCACUGUAUUUUCAUUUCACGGUCUGCCUGCUCCUCUGUUUAAUUCUGUAGGUACUCUGGACUGACGCAAGGAAGGGGAAUCCCUGGAAGGAGAGAUUGGAACAGAACGUGCCGUGCAAAAGGCACAGAAGGAAACGUUCCCAGGGAGAUGAAGGGACUGUUUCUGCCUGCCAGACUUGGUGGAUUUGAAAUGGCCCUGAAUUUGAAACAGGCUCUGUUGUAAAUUGCUUUGUAUAUACCCCAACCCUUGUGGUUUAUCCGAAGUCUGUAUGUCGUUUUGUACUCUAAAUAUAUACAUCUUUUUUCCAUA